CAUAUAAAUCUCAAAAUAUGUACAAAACAAAUCUAAAAAUAGAAAUAAUACCCAGAUCUUUAAAAAUAAGAAUUAAAAGGAAUUCCACCAAUUUUAUGAUAUUUGAAAUAGAUCUCUCUACACUGAUUUAUUCAGAUCAACUUAUUCAAUUAACUUUAUUAAUGAAUUCUUCACUUAUUUAUGGAUUAGGAGAACAGCAAGCCAAUCUUUUAAGAAACAAUAAAUGGAAUAAGAUAACAUUGUUUUCAAGUGAUCAGGCUCCUGAAGAACAAAAAAAUUUAUAUGGAGUGCAACCCUUUUACAUGGUAAUGGAAAAUGAUGGUUAUAGUCAUGGAAUAAUGUUUUUAAAUAGCAAUGCUAUGGAAUUCAUUAUACAACCAUACCCAGCCAUAACCUUCAGGAGUAUAGGCGGGAUAAUCGAUUUUUUCUUAUUCACUGGCCCUUCUCCCCCAGAUGUGAUUCGCCAAGCAACCCAUUUCAUUGGCAGACCAUUUAUGGUGCCUUAUUGGAGCCUGGGAUUUCACUUAUCUAGAUUUGGUUACAACACCUUGGAUUCCAUGAAUCAAACAUUGAACCGGAACUUAGCACUGGAUAUACCCAUUGACGUGCAUUGGAGCGAUAUAGACGCUAUGGAAGCCAGUAAAGAUUUCACUUACGAUAAAAAACGUUUUCGACUUUUGCCCGAUUACAUAAAAUACUUGCGAUCUCUCGGCAUGAGAUACAUUUCAAUUAUCGACGCUGCUAUAAUGUAUUCCCCUUCACCCUCUCAGUCGGUUCUUGAUGAUUCCGGAUACUUGCCAUUUACCCAGGGGGUUUCUUCCGACAUUUUCAUAAAAAACGCUUAUAACAAACUUUUCGUGGGUAGGGUGUGGCCCGGCCUUACUGUGUGGCCCGAUUUCUUUAACCCUUCCGUGUUGAAAUACUGGGGCGACCAAUUUGAAAGGUUCGAAACGCAGGAUGAAAUCGUAUUAGACGGGGUAUGGUUGGAUAUGAACGAACCGGCUAAUUUUGUGGAUGGAUCAAUUGUUGGCUGCGAUUCUAAAAAUUUACUCAACUAUCCACCCUAUCCGAUGAGCGUAAACGGACGAAAUUUGAAUUACCGUACCAUUUGUAUGGAUUCUCGCCACAAUAUAUCAACCCAUUACAAUCUGCACAGUUUAUACGGUCUUCAACAAUCAAAAAUUACCCACGAGGCCAUAAUGCAACGCUUGAAUGUAGGCAAAAGGCCGUUCAUAAUUACUAGAUCUAAUUACCUUGGUUUAGGUCAAUACGCCGGACAUUGGUCUGGCGACGUGUGGUCUACGUAUCAAGAUAUGGCGCUAACCAUACCCUCCAUGAUCAAUUACAAUCUUUACGGAAUCCCAAUGACCGGAUCGGACAUUUGCGGUUUUAACGGGAACACAACAAGCGAGCUUUGCACUCGAUGGCAUCAGCUGGGAGCUUUUUACCCCUUCAGUCGGAAUCACAAUACUGAUGACUCUUACGAUCAAGACCCUGCCGCUUUCCUCAAUUCUUUUCCCGAUUUAGUCAGUUCUACUAGAACCAUCUUUAAAAUUCGCUAUUCUAUGUUGCCCUAUCUUUACACCCUCUUCUACUUGGCCAAUAGCCGAGGCGAUACCGUCAUUCGGGCCUUAUUUUUUGAAUUUCCUAUUGACGUAAAUACGUAUUCCAAUGACAAACAAUUUUUGUGGGGUUCUUGUUUGAUGAUAACCCCUGUUUUAGAUAGAAACACAUUUGCCGUUAAAGCCUAUUUCCCUGGAGGUUUCGGUAAUUGGUACGAUUUCUAUAAUGGAACAAACGCGAAUAAUUUACGUUUCGGAGGUACGAAAUUUUUAGAAAAAAAUUACAUGGUUUUAGAUGCCCCGCUGACAAAGAUCAAUUUGCACGUAAAAGCGGGAUGUAUUAUGCCUCUGCAGGAACCAGCUCUUAACACUCAUUUGAGUUUAAAAAACCCAUAUUGGCUUCUGAUAGCGCUCAAUAAAUUAGGAGAAGCCGAGGGCGUCUUGUAUAUCGAUGACGGUGAAACUUUAGAUCAUACCGUUUCUCCGUCUUCCUUGGGUCCUUACGACAUGCUACACUUCAAGGCACGUAAUCAAACCCUUCGAUCCUGGAUAUUGAAAUUUGAUUAUCUCCCUGUGCCCAACGAAGAGUCAUCUUUGCUCAUAUCGAACGUAACCUUGAUGGGAAUUCCGCGCAAACCUAAAUUAGUUCAAUUUGAUUCUGCCGAAAAUAUUAUUAAGAGAUCAUCUUAUCGCCUUGACUUUACGUACAAUCCACUCACGCAAGUACUAUACAUUGAUAAAGUAACAAUUGUCAUGAAAUAUGCUUUUGUCAUGCAUUGGAUUUACUAGCUAUGAAAAGAGUUGUCUUAAAAAACAAUGAAAAUUUUAUAAUGUGAAGAAAGUACAAAUUAAU